AAAGUGACAUUUGGAUAACCUAAAAAAUUACAUAAAAACAAAAAAGCCGACAUGUUCUCAUAUUUUCUGUAGCGACAAAACUUAUAAUUCUAAUAAAAUCUGCUAAUAUUUAUAUAAAUCAUAAAUAGUAUGACAAACUAUUUUCACUUGGAUGUGGAAUUGAAACUACGCGACGAAGAAAAAGCUGUUGUUACACCUGCCUACUUUCUUGGCAGCAUAGAGGAAUCACUUCAAAGUUUUUUUGGUGAAAUUGGAGGGCAGACCGAUUUACAAGUGAUAAAAUUUGACAAGAAUCAAAAACGAGCAAUUCUCCGAGUAAACGAGGAAUUUGUGACACGCACUCGCUCAGCAAUUACAUUAAUUGGGCAUUAUCAAGACAUUCCUUGCCAUUUCUUAAUAAAGAAUACAUCUAAGGAGAAGCUGGACUUUUAAGUUUUCCUAAUUCGCAUUAAUAAGUAAUAUACAAUGUCGUACUGCAAAGUAUUUGGCAAAGACAAAGUUUUCUUCGUCACCAAAGAGGAUCAUGCAACACCCAGCACCAUUGAGCUGCCACCACCAGAACCACCACAAGGUCUUAUUACCAGUGAUGGCGAAAUUAAUUGGAGUUGCCCUUGUCUAGGAGGCAUGGCUACAGGUCCAUGUGGUGUUGAAUUUCGUGAUGCAUUUUCUUGCUUCCAUUAUAGCAAAGCAGAUCCUAAGGGCUCUGAUUGUUUCGAGGCUUUUAGAUCAAUGCAAGAUUGCUUUACGCAGUAUCCUACAGUAUACAAUAAAUCUACUGGUAAUGA